UGCCUUGUAGGGGUACUGUGACAUCAUUUUGGUGUGAUUACUCACACAGCAGCAUACUUUUACAGCUUGAUCCCAUUGCUGGGACCACAGACGUAUAAUGCACUUAACAGGCAAUAAAUACUUUACCUUUAAACAUCUGAGUGCACUUUAAAGUGCUCAAAGAGGACUUGUGCAGCCAGUGAUUCACAUGGAAAGGACAUUACGGUAAGUUUGGCAUCACUGUGUUGUCUACCAGUCCCUUUUUAGUCUGCAGCAGAAGCAGAGGUUCAUCUCUCAUGAGGUGUUUUGGUUUUUUUUUUUAUUUUGGUUGCAGACAGAAAGCGCGCUGUGGUGCUCCUCAGUAUAAACACAAGCCAUGCUGUAAUGAAUGUGUGAUGAUGGCUGCCCAGUGGGAGAAGGCUGGCUGCAGCCGCCUGCCGUCCAUCAGCCUCCUGUUGUUGUUAGCAGUCGUUUACAGUCUUCUCUGUUUGGGACAAAGCUGCACUUUGGGAACAGACGUUCGUCACGGGGGAAAGUGUGGGCUGCAACAUGGCUCUGGAGCAAACACUGGUGCUAAUGUGUUUACAGCUCUGUCCCAUUCUGCAUCAGGUCAACGCUGAAGUAGAAUCAUAAGAGGACGUUAGUUUGAAACCAGUAAUGACUUUCUGAGUUGGGAUGCACAAUGGAAAUCUAAAGUCCGCCAUAAUCAGCUGGAAGGACUUUCUGGAGAUCGUAGCGACAUUUCCAAAAGAGAAAAAUAAAAAGAGAAACUUGAAAGAGUUGUUGAAAUAUAAGAGACUCACAUAUGUUUAGUUGAGCCAAUGAGCCACUUAAAUAAAAGCUGUUUGACACUUCAUAGUUUUAGGACUCGUGUAAUUUUUUUAAAUUUUGUUCCUUUUAUCCUCUUCCUGUGGAAUUCAUUCUAUUGAGUCCUGACUCAUAUUUCUGGAUGUUUAAACAUUUCCACAUUUAUUAUAAAAGCAAAUGAAAAUAGAGAUUCUUUCAUUUAUAACAGGAUUUUUAGGGUAAAUCUCUCCUAAUCUGAGAAACAGAAACUUUUAACUGAUAAGUGAAUAAAACGAAGAAUCUCGGUCGAGUUUGUUUACUUUUCAGAUGACCUUCUGUGGUUGACGCAAACACACGUCUGUGAUCACAUCUGUGGAUGUAAGGAAACUUUUUAAUGUUUUAAUUAAUUAUUUUCGCCUGUUCCUGUGAGAAGACCCAGCCCACCCGCUUGAGCUGUCGGGAGGGUGGGCUGGAUCGUUGCGCCUACUUUAGGGACAUCCCCCAGACUCAGCCCAGCUGUGCGCCCCGACGUUUGCAUCUUUUACUGGAAAGCAGACGGGAUGAGACUCCCACUGGACAGUCCCCUGUUGCCUUAUCGUCUUCUGCAGGAGGCUAAAGAGGAAAUGCGCGCUCAGAGCCACAUCAGACCGAUAGAAAUGACGGAGGCGAUGGAGAGCCCGAACUUUACGCAUGGAUCUAUUUUCAUUAACGAGUCUCAUCUUCAACAUUUAACCGGAAAUCCUGGAACAAACUCGACAGAGAUCGCUGUACCAAUUUUCAUGUUUGCUGGCGGGGCCAUUGGGAACUUGAUUGCAGUAAUUGUCCUUUCAGGCUCGCGUCAAGAGAGAAAAUCCUCCGCUUUCUACACGCUGGUGUGCGGCUUGGCGGUGACGGACCUGCUGGGCACCUGCUUGGCCAUCCCGCUCACCAUCGCCAACUACAUGGACGCGCUUGUGCUGAGGAACCAGCGCGUCUGCGAGUUCCAAUCCUUUGCGUUGCUGUUUUUUGCUUUAACCGGACUGAGCAUCAUCUGCACCAUGGCGGCCGAGCGCUACCUGGCCAUCUGCUGCCCCUACACUUACCACCGCUGGGGGGUGGGCCGACGCUUUGCGCAGAAGUUCCUCUUCUUUAUUUACAUCAGUCACGUUUUUUUCUGCUUUCUCCCAAUGAUGGGCAUCGCGGAAAGCCAGCUGCAGCCGUCCGGCACCUGGUGCUUCAUCGAUUGGAGGACAUCUGAGCCGGUGGCCACCGCUUACUCCGUCCUGUACGGUGUCGUGAGCCUGCUGCUGAUUCUGGGCACCAUCGUGCUGAACCUGGCGGUGUGUGGAGCGCUGCUGCUCAUGCGCCGCAGGACCGUGCAGCGACCUGUCACCACGGGCAGCGUCCGGGAGAGGUGGAGAGCGCUGUCCUCGGACGCAGAGACGCAGAUGAUCACGGUGCUGGUGAUGACCUCCGUGGUGGUUCUGUCUUGUUCUGCUCCGUUAGUGGUGCGUAUGUUUGCCAACCAUUUCCAAGACGACCACAAAGCAGACCUGGCAGCCAUCCGAAUUGCCUCAGUGAACCCCAUCCUGGACCCCUGGAUCUACAUCCUCCUACGGAGGUCCCUGUUCCGACGAUUGCUCGGUUUAUCCAGGAAGUGCAGCAGCACCCGCAGCAUUUCCUCGCCCACACAGCAAAUAGAUCUGUUUCAUUCAGAUAUGAGGCAUGACCACGUGUUCACCCAGCUCAUGUGCAACGCCAGCGUCAUCACUCAGCUACCCGCUGUAACCAAAUUCAGUCGUCAAGAUGCAGAGAAGCUCUGACAGACAUGAGCUUCUGCAGUCUGUGAGAUACUGCUGCAGAGGAGGGAGGGAGGAUCGUAUGGGUCCACCGCUGAACCAGACCCUCACAGAUCCAGUGAGGUUAUUUAUUAAACAACAACGGAGGAACACUCUGAAUGUUGCAAGUAUGGAAGUAGCUAAGUGUAAUGAUGACACUUGGCCUUUGCUCUGUGCCUCUCAGUAUUUUUACAGUCUAUUUGGCAUUAAAUGUCACAAAAACUCAUCUUCUUACCGCUAACUGUUCGGAUUUUUUGUUGUUGUUUAUAUAAAAAAAAAUCCUGUUUAAUAGUUGGGUUUUUGGAAGAAAAAAGUCUGUUCUUUUUCAUUUUAUCGUUUUAUUUUUAAAACAAAAAUUCACAUUUAAAACAUGAAUUUGAUGCACUGAAAAAAUGCUGCUGAAGCUUUUUUACAAUAAAGAUUGUUGUUUAAAUAAAUCUGAUCGUGUUUUAGGUGAUCUCGUCACAUUUUGGGAAUCCCAGCUCUUUGCGGAGUGAUGAUGCAAAAUUAACUACGAUGUUUGUAACUAUUAAAUAUUUUUCUUCUUGC